GCAGAGCAGAUAGACGAUUCGACAUUCAGCACUGCGAACGACAACGCCCCCACCAGGGUAGUGGGCAAUUGCAGCAGCUCGCCUGACCUAACAAUAGCUAGCGCGGGUCUGAUAAAUAGCAUAACGUGGCGACCUAUGCCAUCGCUUGCAUCAGACCACUUGCCCAUUAUCGUCUCGAUUGAGAGACCUGCCGACUUUGCUUCCGCGAAUCACCGGUUCUACUUUAACUUUAAAAAAGCUAAUUGGGCCGGCUUCACGGAACUCACCGAGGACACCUUCGCCGCUCUUCCCGUCCCCACUGAACGCGCAUUCCACAAGGUGCUCACAGCUGCUGCGGCUCCCUUCAUUCCAGCUGGAAAUUUUAAGGACAUUCGUCCCCAUUUUCCAGCCGAAGCAGCCAGCUUAGCAAACGAGCGUGACCACCUUCGCCAGGCCGAUCCCGGGGAUCCCCGCAUAAGGGAUCUCAAUUUGGAGAUCCGGCAACUGGUAAAUCAACAUAAGCGG